UUUGAUCAAAGAAAAGUUCGGGGCAAAACUUUGCAGACGGACGACAGACAAUGCUUGACAAUAAGCCUAAACAUGCAAUACGAAUUUCCUCAAGUCAUCUCGCGGGUUUUCUUUGCUAUUUUGAUAAUGUCGCUGGUAGCCGUCAACGCUAAACCUCCUCAUUAUCAAGAAAACACACAGGGAUUGAACGCUGAUCAAGAAUCCACACUAAACAACGUUCUUGAUAGCGGACUUCGACCUUGGCAGUUGGAGCUGUUUGCCCAAAGAAUGGCCGAACUAAAUCAACUCAGCCAAAUGAAUAACAACUUGAAUGGACAGGAGUAUGGUACUUUUGAUCGGGCAUUGAGAAGUGGCAACGAAAUCAAGCGCCAAAGCCGCUACCGUCUCUGCUACUUCAAUCCUGUUUCCUGUUUCAAAAAGUAAAUUUCCAUUUCCUUGAAUGUCGCUUAAGCGAAUAUAUAAAAAUUAAAGAUUAUUUUGUGAUUUUUCAUAGCCGAGUUUUGGAUUUUAAACCAAGUCACAUUUGGUUAUCAUUUUCAGCUUUAUAGUUGUAGAUUUACAUAGUUAAAUAUUUGAAUUGCUUACCAAAUGAAGUAAAUCAAAUUACACGAUUUUGCUAUUUGUGCAUAUUUAUCUGUGUGUUCUUGGUAAAGUGCGAAACUCGAGCCUAUGUGAAACUACUAAUAUUAAGUAACAGAAAAAUAGAUAUGUUUAACCGAAACCUAAGAGAUUGUUACAGAAAUUAACACAAAUAAAUACAUUUAUUAGAUAAAUUACCACAGUGUUGAUGUAAAAAAUAUACUUUUUUCAAAGUCUCUUCCUUGAUGUAGUGCAAUCGUUCAGAAUAAACUUUUAAUUUAGUAUUGACUCAUUUACCUAAACUUGAGAAAAAAAUAGAGCAAUAGGAUAUUUUGUUGCCAUAACUACUUGAAAACAUUUUAUUAAAUGCAUGUGCAGAAAUUAUGUCGCUCUUUCUCCAUAAUCGUAAACAAAGAAUAUAUUAAUAAAAGUAUGAA